AUGAUAUUUGCUUGUUGUCAAUGGCAUAUUUGUUUCAAGUAUUUCUUUUAUUGUUUAAUUAAGGUAAACUACUGCAACCAGGAUUACCAGAAGCUACAUUGGUUUACACACAAAAAAUUCUGCAAGCAAUUAGCUGAGGAAUCAUCAGAUGAUGAAGAAGUAGAGGAUGAGGAAUCAGAUGUUUGUAGUGAUUUACCUGACAGUGAGGAAGAGGCGGAGAAAAGAUUUGAUAAAUGGAAAGAAGAAAUAAAUAAAUUGGAGAGAGCAAGACCAGAUAUCGAUAAGGCCAAGUGUAGCAGCUGUGAUACAAAGUUCCAUGGUGAUGAUGCCUUCACCGUACUGGUAGACCACUACUAUGAGAAGUUUUGCAAGGGUGACUUUAAACACAGGGUGUUCUUGGGAACACCUCAAAGAAGGGAGUCGACUAUGUGUUUAUUAUGUGAUAGAUAUUUUGCCCACUGUGGAAGUCUACAGCAGCAUCUGUUUGCAAAGUCAAAACGUUCGGACAAAGACGGUGAAAACCAUAAGUUAAUUGUGAUGAAGGGAAUCGUGGAACCAACAUGCUUUAGAGACACAGUACACCAUAGCAACACAACUUUAAAUAAAGAAUUGAGUAUAACCCUUGUACAGGAUACACAUAUGGAAGAUUUAGCAGAACUUUUUGGUUAUGCGAUGAUGUCUAGAGGCUGCGGAUGGAUGGGCCUGAUGAAGACAUGA